AUGAUACCUCUGACCAGAAGCACUCGUCACAAUAACAUGAUCUGCGCUGCUGUGACUGCUGGCAGUGCUUCAGUGCCACUUCCACCUUGCUCUACUUUUGAUCUAAGCUUCAAAGCUCUGGACAGGUGGGGGGGCUGGGGAAAGCGGGGAGCCCGCCUGAGGCCAGGAGAUGGGCUGAGACAGGGGGACAUUCCUCCUCCUGCUGCAGGUGUUCACCGCCAGAUCCUGUUCACUACCGUGGGAUGGUUCGUUGGCUAUUACCUUCUUAAACGUACGGAGUAUGUCUACGCCAAACUGGACAGAGAGUUGCUUGAGUACGUCAGGCACCACCCAGAAGACUUUAAGACAGCAGAAAAGAAAAGAAUAGGGGAGAUUUUUGAGGAGUUCCACCCGGUUCGCUGAGGACUUCUUCCAGGGUGACACAUUGCUGGAUGCACUAAUUCUGUACCGGGAGCUUCGGCAAGCUGGCUGUAACUGUUCAACCGUCCAUGGCUUGGGGAAUGAACCAUUACUCGCUUUCAUGUAAUAAAAGCUAUGAUUAAUAUUUAGCGUUUAAUUAUUUGAGCUUCUGUUCCAUUAUGGUAUAUCGGUAUAGAGGUGGUUGAUAUCUGUAAUAGGAUAACAACUUUGAUUUUUCAGUUUUUUUUCUGUUUAAAUUGUGAAAAUGGAAGAUUGUUCAAACAGCAUAUGUUUUAUAAAACCCAGAGAAGUGUAAGUUCCUCAUUUUUAUUUCCCAUUGACAUUUUUCCUAACCCUUGAGCAUGCUCUGGACCAGCCCCUGUAGACUGUAGCCAAGGUAUUUCUGUGAAAUUAAUUCUGUCCUGCUGGUGAAAAUAGAUGCUCUCCCUAAUUAAUUCC